AUGAACUCAGCAGUAAAGGGCGAAAAGGCCCUGGCUGAAUCAAAUGCCCCUCUCGCAAUUCAACAUUUCACCCGUGCUCUGUCUGAGCUACCCCGCGCCCCGACAUAUUACAUCCAACGAUCCAUUGCCUAUUCACGACUAAAGCCAGUUGAUGGCGGUCCGAAUCCUGCUGCCGCGUUGCAAGACGCUGAGACCGCGCUACUCCUCGCUCGGGAGCGUGGCAAACGCGAACUCAUUCUCUUCGCGCAGAUGCGUCGCGGAAUUGCCUUUUUCCACCUGGAGCGAUACGGUGACGCCCAUUACCUUUUUGAGCGGAUUGGGGCCAUGAUCGGUGGAGGAAACACAUCAGGUAAUAAAUCUGAGGAUGUUCAAAAUGCGAUGAAGAACAGCGCUACCAAGAAGGAUGGAUAUAGCGCUGAGCACCCGAUUUGGAUGAUGAAGGCUAGCAAGAAGUUGGGCGAGCUUCCUGAGGGAGAUGAGAAGAAAUUAGUCUCCGUCUUGGAGUAUCCUACCGAUACCAAGGUACCAACAGAGAAAGAGCUGAAGGCUGAGUGGGAGAGAUUGAAGUCUGGGCAGUCAGCUGUGGCUGCUAGCAAGAAACCAGAGACUGCGGCCCAGCCUGCUCCUGGUGGUGCUGCUUCGUCUUCAGGAGAUGCGAAACUGGAGCAGAAGCCAGUCGAGAAUUUGUCUGCACCCAUCCCAGAGAAGGUCCGACAUGAAUGGUAUCAAUCCCAGGAUUCUGUUGUGGUUACGCUCUAUGUGAAGAACGUUCCAAAGGACAAAGUCCAGAGUGAAAUCAAAGAUAACUCGGUCUCUAUCCAACUACCUCUUCCAUCGGGAUCUGAAUAUGACUUCACCCUCGACCCGCUUUAUGCACCUAUCAACACAUCUUCCUCCAAGAUCACGGUCAUGGGAACCAAGAUCGAGAUUGUCCUCCAGAAACAAGUUCCAGGCCAGAAGUGGAGCGCACUUGAAGCCCCAGCGGAUUCCACAAAACUCACAGAUCGCCCCGUCGCACCGACCACAGCAGCAGCGCCAGCUUCUUCGGGACCUGCUUACCCGACCUCCUCGCGCCAUGGCGCUAAGGAUUGGGAUAAGGUUGCAUCUUCACUGGAAAAGCCCAAACCUAAGGGAGAAUCAGGCGAUGGAAAUGAAUCUGAUGGCUCUGAUGUUGAAGGUGAUGCUGUGGAUUCAUUUUUCAAAAAGCUGUAUGCCGGGGCUGACCCGGAUACUCGCCGCGCCAUGAUGAAGAGUUAUGUUGAGAGCAAUGGCACAUCACUUAGUACUAACUGGGAUGAGGUUGGAACUAAGAAGGUGGAACCCCAUUCUUCUGAUUAA